CACGUGUCGGAUUUGCUCUCUCAAGUUUCUCUGGUCAUCAUCAACAGCCGAUGGAUUAGAUUAGAAGUGGUGUGUCGCUACUCAUCCGGCCAAAGCUUCAAACAUGUCCUUCGCUCAAGCUUCCAUCGCCUCCCUUUCUCUUUCUUUUCAUCGCACUCGUACCAGUACCAUCUCACCUCGAACCCACAUCAUCUGUCGGUUACCCAUCUCCAUUUUUGCACGACUCGGUUCCACCUUCGUUACUGGUUCUCCUCUCCUGAUAUCUAGAACAUCUCACAAAAGGAAACCUGUAUGUAAAGCAACUUCACUUUCCAUAAGAUGCGAGCAAGGUACACAGAAGGGCAAUGGUUUGGACGUGUGGCUGGGCCGGCUUGCAAUGGUUGGCUUUGCUGUGGCUAUUACUGUUGAAAUAGCAACUGGUAAAGGACUUCUUGAGAAUUUUGGCCUCACAACCCCACUACCAACGGUGGCCUUGGGAGUGACAGCAUUGGUUGGUGUUCUUGCAGCAAUUUUUAUCUUCCAAUCUGCCUCUAAGAGUUGAUCAAAUCUGGAGUCAUAAAGAUCAUGAUUCUGAAUAUAUUUCUAAUCUUUUGUUCAUUGAAUGUAACUUGGUCUUGUUGAUAACACUAGUAAACAACUGGAGAUUGUAACCAAAUCCAACUUUUAUUUUAUUAUAUAUUUCAAGGCAAUCCCUUUUUGCUUCAUUUG